CUUCCUCCCUCCCCCCUCCUCCCACCCGGUGUUUGACUAUGUUUCUAUGUCCAUAAUCUCUUAUCCCUGAAUUCAACUUCACAAUCUCUGUUGGUUCUUUGAAAAUCAACACUGAAGCUCAAUAGAGAGAGAGAGAGAGAGAGAGAGGUUUGAUCAUAGUUUUGUAAUCUAUGGCCCAUGUAGAAGACAAGAAGAAUGAUGCUUGCAUAUAUGUGGUUUCAGUAUUGUUCUGCAUCUCUGUUUUGGCCGGUGGAGUGUGCUUGACAUUGUAUAUUACAUUACAAGAGACGACAUCGACGAUAUGGAAAAUUGCAGUACCAACAGCCCAAGCUGUUGUUGACGCGACGAGCGGUACAGCAACAGGUACAUCUGAUGAUUCCCCAGCUGAUUCUCCCGGUGGACGGCGUGUUCGUUUUGGAGAUGCGACUGUUGUCGGUAGACAAGAUUCUCACAGUGAGGACAUGGAUGGGUCUGUAGAGACUGAGUCAGACAUCUCUCAUGAUGAACAAGGGUACCAUGGGUCCGAUACAUUGGCGUCAUCGAGUCGUCGUGAGUCUGAACAGCCAUUAACCUUCUCAAUAUCAUCCUGAUAAUGCUCAGAGAAGACUAUAGUUUGAGGGUAUAAAGGUGGGUUCCUUCACCAGCUUCUCAUCAUUGUGGUGUUUCUGGGGUCCUAAUUAACAAGAGAUUGAACCAUUUGGGAGGCCCUUGCUAUGCCUCUGGUUGCACGACCAGAAUCGAUCCUCUACCUGUACAAGAAGUUUCAAUUAGAGUGCGAAGAAAAGGCUGGAGGCGGGAAUCACGAGUAAUCUUCCUUCCAAAUUAGAGAUGCAGCUACUAACGGUUCUAUGUGAAUAUCUUAUUGUUCUAUGUGAAUAUGUUACUGUUUUCAUGCUUUGCACAAUGUGAUACAAAUGGGAAAAAAAAAAAAAAAACAGAACAUUGAGAUGACUUGAUCAUUUCACUUGACUUCAUUAACAUAUCAAAACUAUCUCCAUUUGUCCUUUCUAGAUUAUUUCUCUGCACAAAUGAUAAUGGAACACAAGAUUUACGACAGGUUAUGUAAGUCUUGAAGGAAUUAUUGUACACAA